AUGAGGCUCCUCGCGAUCCUGUCCAUCGCAUGCUCAGCAUCCGCGUGGACAUUCACAUGGACAGACAAAGACGGCCAAUCCUACAUUGAACACAGCGACGAUCCGGUUUCCUGCAAGCAGAUCCAACAGGCCGAGGGGGAAAAGUUUCGAUGGGUACCUGAAGAGGACGGUCUAUCGAUUUGGCUCUAUGAGAACGGCAAGUGCGAGGGACGUCAAGCGGGUUACUCGCCGCCUACGGUUUGGGACCAUGUUUCGUCGAGGGAUUUGCUGUCUUUUCGCGUCGCGGAUGGAGACGGUGGUGAUGAUACCUCGACGGCUACCACGAGCACAACGACAACGACAUCGACAUCGACCGCAUCUACCGCAUCUACCUCAUCCUCGACAGAAGCAUCCGAAUCACCGACGACGACAACUACCACCGAUACUACACCGACACCAUCGACAAGCGAAACCCCAUCUAGCGAACCAUCCAACUCAGACAACUCCUCUUCCUCAGCUGGCCCGAUCGCAGGUGGAGUAGUUGGCGGCGUCGCCGGUCUCGCAGCCAUCGGCGGGCUGUUCUUCUUCCUCGGCCGUCGACGCCGCUCAAACCACAGCCAACUCGAACCGCAGGAAUCCGGUCCGAACGAUGAUCGCCCGGACACGGCCGCCACCACAAGCUCUCCAUCGCAAGCGACACCCAUGUACGGCGGCGUCGCGGCAGGAUCCUCCACGCACUACGAUCCCUCAUUCAUCGAAGGAAAGCCGGAACUCGAUUCCGCGCCUGUACACCAGGUGGUGAGCCCCAUAGAGCAGCCAAUAUCGUCGACCAAACAGGGGCCUUCACCCUUUGAUGACUCGGCGACAGUCUCGCAUCGCCCGCCUGCGAGGAUGAUGGCGGAGCUUCCGGGUGAUAGUGUGAUGAUGGUCGAGAUGAGUGACAGCCACCGGCUGAAUGAGUUGGAAGGGGAUGGGAUGCCGAAGAAGUGGUGA